CCAAAACGCGCGGCUGGGCACAGCCCGAUGUCGGUGACGCCCCACCAGGUGCGCCAACUCAUCGAGGGGUUGGAGGCCUCGCAGGGCGGGCUACUUCGCUCUCACGCGGCCGAUGAACUCGCAGCGCUCAAGAAAGAGCUCAGGGCCGAUGUGCCGCCAGCGACCUACGGCAACGUGCGGCAGCGCCUGCUUGACAUGAUCAACAACGUGCCCGAUGGGGGGGCGCGCGCCGACCUCUACGACAAGCUGACGGCGGACCGGGGGCUCGAAGCCAGCUUCACCCCGCCCCUCGCGGCGGACUUGCCCAUCGUGAAGCCGAAGGUGGUGCGGCGCCCCGCCGGGAGCGCGCCCCCACCCGCCAAGUACGCCAUCCAGGCCAGUCAGCAGCUCGAGCUCGACGUCACGGGGCUUUACAUCACGGACACGGUGAAGUCCGACAUCGAGGUCUCCCUCGAGCUCCCUCUCCCCGACACGCUGGACGUGAAGGUCGAGAGCGUGGACGGCCCCGACAUCCGCAUUAAGUACCUGCACGAGCCGUGGGCGUCGCUCGCUCAGCAGCAAAAGCUUCCCUACUCGGUCGAGGGUGGCGUCCUCGUCGCAGAGCCCCCGCCCUCUCCGGAGGGUUUCGCCUCUCGGCUGCAGGAGGGCGACUUGGCGCACGUGCGGCUCCGGGAGGGCUGGUACUGCGCCAAGGUGCAGGGAGCGGCGGGGGCGGGCGGCUCUAUCACGGUGACGCUGGCCACCUCCAUUACGGGGCCGCCCGAACAGCGCACCUUCCGCUUCGCAUUGCCAGAGCGCAUCGUGCGCGACCUUGCUGCUCAAGACGUGCGGCCGAUUUGGGUGCACCCCAAGUCAAUCCGGAAAGCUUGGGACGAAGGCGCGGCGUUCAAGGGCACAAAGGUGCCUUGGGAGAUCGCCCACGUCAAGUCUGCCACGGCCAAGCCACGCGGCGGCCCGCCCAGCGGGGUGCUUUACUUCGACCCCUUCACGGAGGAAUUCACCGCUGAGCAGAAGGAGGUUGCGAUCGGCAAUUGCGCCAACGGCAUCGGCGUGGGUCGCAUCAAUUCGCUUCUCGAGAGGUCGUGCCUCGGCGCGUACUCGCUCGUCGAGGGGCGGCUGCUGCACGGGCGGCCGGUCUGGAAGCACACGGCCGCUGACCGCUGGAUCGCAACCAUCCCGGGCGGCAGCUGGGUGGUGCAGCAGAGCAAGAACGUGGGAGUGAACCACAUUGGCUACCUGAAGCUGCGCGACUCCUCCUCCGCGCUCCCGCACGAGUCGAGCGUGGUCUGGGAAGAGUGUAGCGGCGCUGGCGGCUGGGUGGAGGCUGCGGGCCCGCGCGAGAACUCUCUCCGGGCUGAGGCGCACCGGGCGGCGGAGCAGCGCGACACGGAGGCGGCGGCGCGGCGCGCGCGCGGCAAGGCGGAGGGGGCUGCGACGGCGGCGCGUGAGUCGGAGCAGCGAGCCGCCGGUGCGCAUGCGCCCGAGCUGCGCGCGCACUCGGCAGUGGCAUUGACGCCGAUCGCGCGGCUCAUUUCGGACCGCUCGAAGUUCACGCCAUCGCUCGAUGCCACGUACAGCACUCUCGAGCUCUACAACGCCGCGUGGCCUGACAACACGCCGCCCGCUCAGCGGCACUUUCGUGACCAUUUGCUUGACCUCUUCUGCAAGAGCGGUUACGGCCAGCUCGCGACGGCGCGGAGCGACCGCUCUGUCCAUGUCCCGCAGGCCCGCAACUCGUUUGCGAGCCAGCUGAGCCGCAUUGUGCUGGUUCGCAACCCGCUUCUCGAGAUGGCGUUCACGGCCGGCUUGAAUCUCACCGAGCGGCAGCGAACGACGGGCACCGCCCCUGGCAUGCACAAUCCGGCGAACCCGGACGAGUUCGAGGGGGAGAAGGAGGCGGCGCGCUCGGUGCUCAAGAGCAAGAUGAUGUACGGCGAGCUGGUGGGCUUCGAGAAGGCGAGCAUCAUCCCCACCUUCCACGGCUGCUCGCACGAGGCGGCGGCCGCCAUCUGCGGCUCGGGCAUGAAGAACGGUGUCAACGCCGUCCAGAACGGCAUGUUUUUCGGUGCGGGGCUCUACACCACGCCCACCGCCGAGUACGGGUGCCUCUACGCUCGGACGAUGGCCGACGGUGGGGUCGUGUCGGAGGAGAGCCCGCGGCCGGCCAACUCCAAGGGCGAGCACGUCGUGCUGAUGCAGCUGGCCAACAUCGGCCGCGCGUACGUGGGCACGCGCCACCGCGACUACCCGCAGCACGGCGCCGUCAUCAGCGAGCGGAACCCGGACCAUCGCUCUUUUCUCCACAGCGAUUGCCACCUGCAGCGCGCGGCGGCGGUCGAUCAGGGUGUUCUCCCCGAGAACUACUUCGAGAACGUCACAGCCGGGUAUGACAGCCGGUACUUCAUCUGCAACGAAGUCGUCGGCUACCAGGCGGUCAACCUGCUGGGCCCCACCGGCAAGCGCACCGACCCGACGCUGCCGGCCGCCUACGACGAGCUGAUCCUCAAGGAGAGCAACCAGCUCUGCCCGGUGGCCCUCUUCUACAUCAAGAGCCCUCCCGCUGGCGCCGCCGCCGGCCCGUCCUCAUGAGGUUGUUUAGGCGGGGAGAUCCUCGCCGCGGCCACUAGCGGUCGUCUGAUGUGUCACUGUGUGCGUCACAUAUCGGUCUUGAUAACAAGCACGGUCGAUC